UGUAAGAUCAAUCAGGCCCCCCAAGGACUGGAAUUUCCCAGGCCUGCUCUAGAGGGGGAGGUACAGGUGUCCUUAAUGCAGUAAGAGACAGUCUACCUGCAUCUCAAACCAAACUGCAGCAGAUUGCAGAGGAGCAACAGCGAGACCCCAUCUGCCAACAGUGCAAAAAGGGAUGGCCCAGGCAGCAGGAACUGCCUCAGCUGCUGAAGCCCUAUUGGGUGCACCAAAGUGACUUCCACUGUAAUGGAGACCUUCUCAUGAAAGGACUACGGAGUUAUCCCAGAGACUCUACAACCAGAAAUGCUAGACAUGCAUGAGAAGUGCAUGAGGGACACAUUGGGAUAACCAAAUUCAGACUGAGGCCUCAACAGUCAGUGUGGUGGCUUGGUCUAAGUACUCAGGUUGCCAAGCUAGUGGCCCAGUAUGAGGUCUGUACAAAAAGUCAACCUUGUCAUCCGGAGCCAAUGAAGUCAACGGAGCAGCCAAAACGGCCAUGGCAAAAGAUGAUACUAAACUUACAGAAAUCACAGAAAAGUGUUCGGAAGGACGCAUUUCUUAUCGGCUGCAUAUUUGUCAAGAUGUCCCAGCCGAAGAAACGCGUGGAGAUGCUCAAGUUUAGCCAGGACGCCGUUAUCUCGCAACGGGACGGGAAGUUGUGCCUCAUGGUCCGAGUGGGGAACCUGCGCAACAACCACAUGGUGUCAGCCCAGAUCAGGUGCAAACUCAUCAAGAUGUGAAAGACUGGUAAUAUACGGGGAGUGAAAGUGCAGUCGCCUGGAUUCGAACCAAUGCCAACUCUUACAUGUGUGCCAGGGUCAGCGGCUAUAACUACUGGACCACACAGGCCACCAAACUGUAAUUUCUGUCAUUGAUCUGCGGAGUUUGACGCAAAAACAGACUGUACAGGUUCAUCAAAUAACCCCACUGUUCUCCAGUCAGCAGUCUCACAUCAACCCCCUGUAGUAACUGACUGGAGUUGAGUGGCUACUGGAGAUGUCCCUCAGGGGACAGUCAUUGAGAAAUCAGUUGUAUUUUAAUGGUUAAAUCAAACUCAGUGUACUCUAUUGUAUUGAUGCCCAGCCUGGUCUCAUAAACUAGUAAAAGUAAAUCCAUAGUAAAGGUAAAUCCAUAAGACAGAAGGUUAGCAAAAACUAAAGCAGGGUUGCACGUUCAACUCUCAUCACAGGACUUUAGCAUUUUAGCAACUUUUCAACUACUUACUACUUUUGAAGCUACUUUGCAACUUCUUAGCAUGUUAGCUAACCCUUCCCCUAACACUAACCCUAUUGGCUAACCUUUCACCUAACCCUAACCCUAAUUAGUCAGCUAAAUAAUGUUAGCCACUUAGCUAGAAUUCGUAACAUAUCAUAUAUUUGGCAAAUUCGUAACAUAUACUACGUUUUACGAUUCAUAACAUAUGGUAUGUUUUGCAAAUUUGUAACAUACAGUACCAGUCCCAGAAUUUUGGACACAUCUACUCAUUCAAGGGUUUUUCUUUAUUUUUAC